AUGUUCAAAUUGAAUUCAUGGCGCCACAAAACCCUAAUCUAUUAUUAUCUCAAGGGAUUAACAUUACAAUCCCCAAACCCUAACCCUCUUUUCCACCGUUACCCAUCGCAAUUUUCUCUUCGUUACUGCACAAACACUUCCGAUUCAACCCCAUUUCCUGUCUCCUACCUCAUCCGCAAUUUUGAAUUCUCACCACAAUUUGCUUCCAAACUCUGCUCCACUUACAAAGUGUGUUUCAAAACUUCCCAAAACCCUGAUUUAGUUCUCAACUUCUUUAGAAACUAUGGUUUCUCAGAUUCCCAAUUACGUGAUACCAUUCAGAAGUCACCAGGGUUGCUUUCAUGCAAUCCCUCCAAAAGGGUGUUGCCAAAGUUUCAAUUUUUUCUUUCCAAAGGUGCUUCUAAAUCUGAUAUUGUUAACCUUGUCAGUAAAAAUCCCAAAAUCUUGUCUCCAAGCUUGAAGAAUUUUAUUAUCCCAAACUAUGAAUUGCUUUAUGGAUUCUUGCAAUCAGACAAGAAAACUAUUGAUUGUGUAAUUGGCAAUCCAAUUUUACUUUGUGACCAAGGUGUGUCACGUAACAUCACAAUGCUGCUUGAAAAUGGAGUGGCCAACUCAAACAUUGCAAGAUUGCUUCAGAUCCGGAGUCGGGUAUUCCUGUUCCGUGACUUGCUGAAAUUUGUGGAUGAAGUAAAGGUUUUGGGGUUUAAUCCUUCGAAAGUAAUUUUUUCCGUAGCAUUGACUGCUAAAGCAACUGUAACCAAAACCUUGUGGAAGGAGAAAGUUGAUGCCUUGAAGAAAUGGGGUUGGUCUGAUGAAGAUGCUGUUGAAGCAUUUAGAAAGAAACCUUAUUGUAUGUUAACAUCCAUUGACAAAAUAAAUUUAGUGAUGAGCUUUUGGGUCAAUCAGAUGGGUUGGGAUGCUAUGGCCAUUGCCAAAGUACCAUAUAUUUUGUCACUAAGUUUGGAAAAAAGGAUCAUUCCGAGGGCUGCUGUUGUGCAAUUUCUUCUCAAUAAAGGUUUGUUUCAUAAGAAUGGAAGCUUAACGCAUCCAUUUGUACUGCCCGAGAAGUUGUUUCGUGAUAUGCUUAAAAAACGUUUUAAGAACGAGUCCUCUUAUUUAUUAAAUUUGUAUGAGGAAAAACUCAAUCAUGCAUAUACUGCGGACAAGACAUGCAUGUCAUGA